AUGGAGAAGAGCAGGGUUCUUGUGGUGGGGGGCACCGGCUACCUGGGGAGGAGGAUAGUGAAGGCCAGCCUCGCGGCGGGCCACCCGACCUUCGUCCUCCACCGGCCGGAGAUCGGCAUAGAUGUGGAGAAGGUCCAGAUGCUGCUGUCUUUCAAGGAGCAGGGAGCUCGACUGGUAGAGGCCUCCUUCUCCGACCACGGCAGCCUCGUGGCCGCCGUGAGGCAGGUCGACGCCGUCGUCUGCGCCAUCGCCGGCGUUCACAUUCGCAGCCACCAGAUCCCCCUCCAGCUCAAGCUCGUCGAGGCCAUGAAAGAAGCCGGCAACGUAAAGGUGAGAGCUUUUAUUUAAUCCCCUUCUCUCCUCUUCUCCUCCACCCGCCUCGUUUCCUUCCAGUUGGCUGACGAUCUGAAGCCGGUGGCAGAGGUUCCUGCCGUCGGAAUUUGGUAUCGACCCGGCGAGGAUGGGGUCGGCCCUCGAGCCCGGGAGGAUCACCUUCGACGACAAGAUGGCGGUGAGGAGGGCGGUGGAGGAGGCCGGAAUUCCCUUCACCUAUAUCUCCGCCGGCUGCUUCGCCGGCUACUUCAUCGGUGGCCUCUGCCAACCUGGGAAUAUACUCCCGGCCAAGGAGAGGGUGACCAUUCUCGGCUCCGGCGAUGUCAAAGGUCGAAGAUCAUCCAUCCAAAUCCGACCUUCAAGCUAUUACCCUGUGCUCAUUUUCUCUCUCCACAGCGAUAUUCGUGGAUGAGGACGACAUCGCGACCUACGCCGUGAAGACGAUCGAUGAUCCGCGGGCGGCGAACAAGACGGUCUACAUCCGGCCGCCGGAGAACGUUCUCUCGCAGAUGGAGCUGGUCAGAAUCUGGGAGGACCUCAUCGAGAGGAAGCUUGAGACGGUCAGCCUCUCCGCCGACGACUUCCUUUCGGCAAUGAAAGGUAACUUGCCACUCUUUAAAGACAACGUAGGCCCACAAACAACUGCAUUGACCUAUCCACUCGACGCCAUUACUCUCUCUCUCUCUCUCUCUCUCUUUCUCUCUAUCUCUGUCUCUAUCUGUAUCUGUAUUUAUCUAUCUCUGAGCUGGGCAGGGACCUGCGUUUCAGGUGAGGACUAUGUCUCGCAAGUGGGCAUGGGGCACUUCUACCAUGUGUUAUACGAGGGCUGUCUUACCAACUUCGACGUGGCAGAGGAGGCCUCCCAGCUCUACCCAGACGUGGCUUACACACGCGUGAGGGACUACCUCAGGCGGUACUUAUGA